AUGUCUCCAGCAGCCGUAACCUCGACCCCUCCUCCUACCAACACAACACCCCACACGAACGGAAAAUCGUCUACCAAACCCGUUAUAACACCUUCUUCGACGGCCGCCUCGCAAAUCCCCGCUUGGGUUCAACCCGACCUCUCCCGUCUCCUCCGCGUAGAGCACAACCCAGGCUCCUUUACCUCGCGCUCAAUUUCGCUCGUCAAUCUCCCACCUGGCGCAGUCUUUGCCCGCAUCACAAGCCCCACACCAGCCACCGUGGCCUACUCCUCCGUCCAAGCCUCGCGCGACCUCCACAUAGAACUCAACUGCGACUUGGUAUAUAUUAACCAUAGCUGCAAGCCCAGUCUAGUGUUUGAUAUGCAGCGCUGGGAAGUGAGGGUGUCCGAUGAUGGAGAGGGGCUGAAGGAGGGCGAUGAGCUGACGUUCUUUUAUCCGAGUACGGAGUGGAGUAUGGCUCAGCCUUUUGAGUGUUUGUGCAAGACGGGAGAGUGUGCUGGGGAGAUCAAGGGAGCCAAGGAUAUGAGCAGGGAGGUGUUGGGGAGGUAUUGGUUGAACAAGCAUAUUGAGGAGAUGCUCGCUGAGAGGGACGGGCAGUAG